AACGGCGGCUGAAAGAGUCCGUGACGACUGAGUGACCGAUGCUUCAAGCAGAGCGGAGAGAUGGAACUGCCUGAACUCUACGCUGGCGCGAGUCCGUUCCAGAAACGCGACGCUGUGCACGUACUUACGCAGUACCUUCCUCAGUUCGAUUGGGCGGAGGGCGAUGCCGUUUUGGACUUCGGUUGCGGUGAUGGCGACUUGACGGAAUAUUUGGCCCGCUGCAUCCCCAGAUGCGCUUCGUUGACGGGCAUAGAUAUUUCUAAGAAAAUGAUCGACCACGCCAGAAAUCAUCACCAAGAAAACGACUUGCGUCUUGGAUUUCAGCAAGUCGACAUCAUGAAAUCUAUUGACGCGAGAGAAGUAUUCCCCGAUGGAUUCGAUAAGAUUUUUUCCUUCUAUUGUCUGCACUGGAUCAAAGACCAUCAGAGGCUAAUGGAGCACAUGUACGACAUACUUAAGCCAGGCGGUGAAAUUUUGCUGGUGUUUUUGGCGUCCAAUCCCAUUUUUACCAUGUACGAACGCAUGGCAGAACGGACGGAGUGGGCCGAAUAUAUGAAGGAUGUUGACGAAUACGUACCCCAUUACCAAUACUCUGCUCGGCCGGCUGACAUGUUUUCCUCAACUUGCCGUUCCGCUGGACUCCAAGUGAUAGAGUGCACGGCCCAAGAGCGCAGUUUUUCUUUUCAGAACAUCAAUAUUGUUAAAAAUGCGGUGGCUGCUGUCAAUCCGUUCCUUCGCCGGGUUCCGCCUCGGCUGCGCGAGAGCUAUCUAUUGGAUUGCCUCAUGGAACUCCAAAAACUGAAGGCUCCGUCCACAGAUGGCUGCACGGUAGCACGUUAUCGUUUGAUGAUCGCUCACGUUCGCAAACCUUAAUUUCGGCAACCGCGAUCCCAGUGAAGAAGAAAUGGUCAGAUGAUGGCUUGGAGAACUACCGGCGGGAAAUUUACUUAAACGCGAUGAAUUUUGAAAAAUUCUUUUCCUUCCUUUAAAAAAAUAAUAAUAAUAACAAAAACUACUAACCUUAUAAUCCGCAUCUGCAAGAAAAAGAACGGAUGGUGAAUCUAAUGGCAACCGGUGCUGUUACUGUACAUAAUGAUUUGAUGUUUAAGAGAAGGUUUCAGCCAAUAAGUGGAUGAUUACAGUUACGGAAAAAAAAAAAAAAAAGAUUUUGAAACAUGUAUGGAAGUGAGAGGUACAGUAACAAGUUGGGACUUGG